AUGGGCAGAGGCUGGCUGUCGGCCGGCCCUGGGGGGCUGCAGGUGGUGCGUUUGUGCCAGAACCCAAAGCUGGCGCUGAAGAACAGCCCGCCCUACAUCCUCGACCUGCUGCCUGAUACCUACCAGCACCUCCGGACCAUCCUGUCGCGCUAUGAGGGGAAGAUGGAGACCUUGGGAGAAAACGAGUAUUUUCGGGUGUUCAUGGAGAACCUGAUGAAGAAAACCAAGCAGACCAUCAGCCUCUUCAAGGAAGGGAAGGAGCGGAUGUACGAGGAGAACUCUCAGCCUAGGCGUAACCUGACCAAGUUAUCCCUGAUAUUCAGCCACAUGCUGGCAGAACUCAAAGGUAUUUUCCCAAGCGGCCUCUUCCAAGGAGACACGUUCCGGAUCACCAAGGCAGAUGCUGCAGAGUUUUGGAGAAAAGCUUUUGGGGAGAAGACUAUCGUUCCCUGGAAGAGCUUCCGUCAAGCCCUGCAUGAGGUGCACCCGAUCAGCUCGGGGCUGGAAGCCAUGGCCCUGAAGUCCACGAUUGACUUGACGUGCAAUGACUACAUUUCAGUGUUUGAAUUCGAUAUCUUCACACGACUGUUUCAGCCAUGGUCCUCUUUGCUCAGGAACUGGAAUAGCCUCGCGGUGACUCACCCUGGUUAUAUGGCAUUCCUAACCUAUGAUGAGGUGAAAGCCCGGCUUCAGAAAUUCAUUCACAAACCUGGCAGUUACAUUUUCCGGUUGAGCUGCACACGACUUGGUCAGUGGGCCAUUGGCUACGUCACUGCAGAUGGGAACAUCCUUCAGACAAUCCCCCACAACAAACCCCUUUUUCAAGCACUGAUUGAUGGCUUCAGGGAAGGCUUCUAUUUAUUUCCCGAUGGCCGGAAUCAGAAUCCUGACUUGACUGGCUUGUGUGAGCCCACACCUCAGGACCACAUUAAAGUUACGCAGGAACAAUAUGAAUUGUAUUGUGAGAUGGGCUCCACGUUCCAGCUGUGUAAAAUAUGUGCUGAAAACGACAAGGAUGUGAAGAUCGAACCGUGCGGCCACCUGAUGUGCACGUCCUGUCUCACUGCGUGGCAGGAAUCAGAAGGCCAGGGCUGCCCUUUUUGCCGCUGUGAAAUCAAAGGCACGGAACCGAUUGUAGUAGACCCGUUUGACCCCAGAGGAGGAGGAGGAUUAUCACGGCAAGGGGCAGAAGGAACUCCCUCACCCAACUAUGAUGAUGACGACGACGACAGAGCCGAUGAUUCCCUCUUCAUGAUGAAAGAACUCGCUGGUACCAAAGUUGAGCGUCCUCCUUCUCCCUUCUCGGUAGCUCCACAGGCCACCCUCCCUCCCGUGCCGCCACGACUGGAUCUUCUGCAGCAGCGAGUGUCCAACCCUCCUGGGGCUUCCAGCCCUGGGACCUCUUCAAAGGCUGCUCCUGGCACCCUUCACAAAGACAAGCCUCUGCCAAUCCCACCCACGCUCCGCGACCUGCCGCCGCCGCCGCCUCCGGACAGACCCCACUCCAUCGGGACCGAGGGUCGGCCUCAGAGACGGCCCCUGCCCUGCACGCCAGGGGACUGUCCUUCCAGAGACAAGCCGCCCCCCGUGCCCUCCACCCGCCAGGGAGAUCCGUGGCCCUCCCGGCCGAUUCCGAAAGCCCCCUCCGCAGCUCUCAGCCCCGGUGACCACUGGACUGGGAGGGAGCUGUCGAACAGGCACUCGCUUCCCUUCUCCUUGCCCUCUCAGAUGGAUUCCAGGGCUGAGAGCCAUCGGCUUGGGAGCACGCUCAGCCUGGACAACCAAGUGAGCUUGAACAGUGGUCCACCAGCAACCUCAGAGUGUGAGCACCCCAAAAUUAAACCCUCCUCCUCUGCCAACGCUAUCUACUCCUUAGCUGCCAGACCACUGCCUGUACCAAAACUGCCUCCUGGGGAACAGUCUGAAAGCGAUGAAGACACUGAAUACAUGUCACCUUCCUCUCUGCCGGUGGUGCCUCCAGGUCCUGCUGUACAAAAACCAGAGAUCAAAAUGCCUGUGGAAAUGACUCAGAGUUUGCGAGUCCUGGAGUGCGACCAGCAGACGGAUGGCUGCAUGUACGAAGCGAUGUACAACAUUCACUCCCAAGCAGUGUCCUCUGCGUUUGAGACCGUCAACGCUUCUGAUGAAGGGGAUCUGGCUGCAGCCACUGCCAGCAAUGGCCCGGAAGAAUCAGAAAAUGAAGAAGAUGGCUACGAUAUCCCCAAACCACCACUACCAGUUGCUAUUGCUCGUCGCACACUGUCUGAUAUCUCCAACGCCACGCCUGCCUUCAGCCGAAUGUCUUUGGAGAAUGACCCUGUAACAGGUUUUUCGGAUGGCUCUCAAGUUCCAGAAAGGCCGCCCAAGCCUCUGCCGCGGAGAAUAAAUUCAGAGCGAAAAGCCGGGAGCUGCCAGCCAGGUGGGGCCGGCAGCGGGACCAGCGCGUCGCUGCAGCUCUCCAGCGAGAUCGAGAACCUCAUGAACCAAGGCUACUCAUAUCAGGACAUUCAGAAAGCGCUGCUCAUUGCACAUAACAAUAUCGAAAUGGCCAAGAAUAUUCUCCGGGAGUUUGUUUCCGUCUCCUCCCCGGCGCACGUGGCCACAUAGCACAUCACCUCCGACGCCUGCAACUUCUGCGGACCAGCUGCCCGGGCGGCCGCAGCCCGGCCGCGCACCGAAGGGGAAGGGGGUUCCUUUAGAGACUGCGUGCGGAGGUCAGCCCUGCCUCUUCCCGAAUCAGUUAUCAGGUUUUUGUGGUUCCAGAUUUCAAAGCAGUGGGAUGAAACGGAGCGGAGCGGUGUUUUAUACAGUGUGUGUCUUGGAGUCCUUUCCCCCCUCCCUCUUAGCUGAGAGAACGGGUUCGUUUCCAGGGUGCUGGUAGAGAGAGGUAUUGCAACGAGGGAUCCCAGAACCGAUGCCCUGGAGGCCGGGGGGAGUGUUUUGUGCUGUGAAUUCGAAGUGAAUGCUCUGAGAAACCAAGUCUCCGGGUCAGUGUGGUGUGUCCUGUGGUUCAUGGUACUAGGUUUGGGCCUGCUCGCUGCUGGCUGUCUGGCUCAGGCUUUUCGGAGCAGCCGAGCGGUCGCGUUCCGCUGGGAAUAAACAGGAGACCUUGGAAGAAAUCUUCUGGUUGCUUCCCGUUAGCUGUGGCGUUGCCCUCUUGCCUGUAAUAAUAGCAUUUGUUGCUCACGAUUUAGGUCAUCCCUUUUCGCCUGGAGCUAGCGUGCCUGGCGUCUGCAGGGCGCUUUGCCGGUGGCAGCGCUGGCAGUUGGACUUCUGUCGCACGUGUCCUCUCCCCGGCGGCGUCGGAUUCCAGGGCGCUGGAUGUGCUGCGAGUCCCGCGUGUCUUUGAGGGGUGGGAGAGGGUGGGAAGAAUUCGAGGGAGAGCGAAGAGCUGGCUGCUGCUUCUCCUUUUUUUUUUUUUUUUUUAGCCUCGAGCGUUUCGUGCUGCGGUGCUCAGGCUCGAGUGCAGCCCUGCCGGGCUCGAGCAGCCGCCGCCGGCCACUCCCACGCUCUCUUUCUCGAGGAAUGUUGCACCUGGUAAACGCGGUGUUUUAUUUAUCUGAACUGCAUGGUGGCCGUCGCGGCCUAGUGGCCUCCCCGCGCAUUCCGUCGUCUCCUCCAGAGAGCGUUCGUGGGAGCCAGUUGUCUUUUGUGCCAGGCUGUCUCGUGGAGCCGGUGGGUGCAGCUGGUGUCGUCGUCGGUAUCGUGCCUGCUUUGCAGCGAAAUAAACGCAGCGGUUCUCUGCAUGGCUGUCACAACAACACGGGGGGCUCUUCUUUCCGUUUCCAUUUCUCCGAGGAGUCGCCAGAGCUUGGGUUAGAGCGGAUCGGGGACGCUUCUGUAGUCGUAAAGCAGUCACACUGGGCUUUAAGAGUCAGGACUCAGCUGUUCCUCGGCCAAAACCUGACCAGCGUGCUCAGCUACUUAACUCUGUUCGUAAUGUGCUUGUGUGUGAGCGGCGUGGUGCCUUCGGAGAGGCUUUCAAUCGAGUAGGGGCACGCAGAUCCCAGCCUGACAGACGGGCAGCCCUCUGGGUACGCCGCGAGGCUGCCAGCCUUUCAAAGCGUGUCCUGCAUUACUUGCCUCACUCCAAGGGCAGCAGCAGUCGCUAGGCGAAGGGUUGCAGCUUGAAACGCUGCCGGCGUGCUCGGGGCAGCUGGAUGCAGUUUAGCCCUUUUAAAGAAUCCAGGAGCUGGGCCCAGGUUUCGGGGAAACAGCUCGCGGUUGGCGGGGGGACUUAGAAUAUUAGCAAGGAAAUAAAGCCUAAAAUGUUUGUUUGAUGCGCGGCGUGGGUCUCUCUCUAAACCUGCAGCUUUAUAAAUGGAUGCGGGGGGGGUCCGGGCAGUUUAAAAGCACGAGCUGGCUCCUCGCUCCCCUCCUUUCUGUAACAAAACGGUCUCUGAAACUGUAAGGAGAUCCCUUAAGUGCAGCUCUUACUGUUGCUAUUUUAGGGCCAGGGCUGAAGCGUGCAACUGCAGCGCGCUGGUGAGAUUUCUGCCCAUCAACGCGGGGCUCGGCAGCGGUGCGGAGAGGCCACGAGCUGCCGGAAGCAGGAUCUGGCCUUUUGGAGGCGCUGAGCUGCAGACGAGGUGAUGUCCCCGCAUCCUGCGCGCGGGGAGGAAGGGUUUCCCUUUCUCCUGCCCCCAACAGCCGGCAGUAAUCACGCACCAGCCCUGCUCUUGCUGUCCAAGUGCUCUGGCAGCCUCGGCCCCUGGUGUGUCCGGCGCCGGGGGGGCUGUGCGGGGACGGGGGCAGCUCUGGGCAGCUCUCAGCAGCUCCGCGCGUUGCAGGCUGUCCGACCACCCCGAGCAUAUCCGAGUUAGUUCCCGGCUUCGUCGUUCUGCGAGGCAGCCCUGCUGUUCCUUCCCCUCUCCUCCGCGUUCCCCCCGGCGCUGCCGCCAGCCCCGCGUUGCUUUUGGAGCCGCUUCAGCGCCGCCUUUGCUGUGGAAACUCAGCCUGAGCGAGUUCAAGUGCGGCGUGGGGCGUGCGGGCGGGGCUGCUGCCGCCAAGGCUGCGUUAAGAGCCAAGUCCGGCCAGCCUGGAAGCCUCAGCUCGUGGCCUGCACAGCGCCCGUGCCCGCAGCAGCGAUGCCCUGUC